CCAUGAUGAAGAAGAAGAACACCGCCUUAUUGAAAUGUUCAAAAACACAAACUUCAUAGCUGAAUCUCCCACCAUGAUCCGUCCGAGUAGGUCAAAGUUCACAGCCGAGGGCAUUGUGAGCACACCCUGUGACGACUCGAGCCUGCGAAAACGCAAUCUAAAUGCGGUCCUAAAGCUGCCUGACUUGAAAGAGCGUACCUCCAUGUCGUCCAUGGAGGGUCUGUACGAGCUGUCACAGAAGCUGGCAGUGACGUCACCCAGGCUGACAAAGUUUUUCAAAGACCCAGAGCAGCCAGAAGAGAUCACAGACCCAGACAUGGUCCGGGGCCUUGAGAAUACUCCCCAGAAGAGAGAGGAACAGCCCGAAGCAACCGUCCAGCAGCCAAAGGUUAAAGGCAGAAUUUUACUUUUCAAGCAGCAUCAAGAAUUAAAACUUUGGAAGUCUAUAAUCCGUAACCCGAUUAACCGUAAUUUGUGCGAACAAGUAAAGAACAAGCUGAAGAACAAGACGAAAAAGAAGAAAAAGAAGAAAGAUCAUUUGCCUGCGCGGGUCAAGGCUGUGCUCGACUUGAAACGAAAAAAUUACAUAAAUUUAUUACGAAAGCCAACAGGCCAUGGUGCAAGCAAAUACCUGAAAAGGUUUGUCGCAUCUAAAGUACUCCCUUGGCUCCUGACCUUUGGUAUUGCUUUCCUGGUAUACGUAACAUUAUUAAGGUGGACGGCGUAACGGGGAUGGCGAUGGGCAGUAAUAUUAAUCCAUUCUUAAUGUUUAGUUACUUGUUGAAUUAUUGAUGUUUUAUGUUCUAAAACAUUUUCGACAGCAAAAUUAUA